UCACAUGCUCAUUGUUACUUCCGAAUCAUUUGUUGUGAUCUUAUUGGUUGUUCUGUAGGUGUGUUAAAACAAUCGCUUAAAAGCAUGAAUGCUGGUGUUUAAAGCUGUGAACAGUCCUUCUCUCCUCCACUGCAAUGAAGACUGUUGUGUUCACUUUGCUGGUUGUGGUUGUGGUUUGCAGCGCAGGUGAUAAAAUCAUUGGAGGCUAUGAAUGUCCAUCCCACUCUCAGCCCUGGCAAGUGUACCUUACGGAUGGGUGUAACAAAUGUGGAGGAUCUUUGAUUCAUGAAAGAUGGGUUGUGUCUGCUGCUCAUUGCGACUUCUUAUUUUUGCGUCUCAUCGUUCACCUGGGAAAGCACAACAAGUAUGUUAAUGAAGCCACAGAGCAGCAGAUCGGGGUGGAGAAUGUGUUUCAUUACCCAAAAUAUAACAAUCAGUUUCAAAACAAUGAUAUCAUGCUGAUCAAGCUGAGAAAGCCUGCCAUCUUCAACAUGUAUGUAAAGCCAAUCCCUCUGACAACCAGCUGCUCUUCUGCAGGGGAGCAGUGCUUGGUUUCUGGAUGGGGCAAAACUGGAGAUGGCGCUGCUUCUGUCCUGCAGUGUUUAAAUUUGCCUGUACUCUCAAAGACGCAGUGUAAGGAUGCAUAUGGUAGAUUAAUAACUGAAAACAUGUUCUGCGCUGGAUUCAUGGAGGGAGGCAAAGACUCGUGUCAGGGGGAUUCUGGUGGCCCUGUAGUGUGCAACGGAAAACUGAAAGGUGUUGUUUCCUUUGGCAAUGGCUGUGCUCAGCCAGGCUUUCCUGGGGUUUAUGCUGAGGUGUGUCGCUACAUUGACUGGAUCAAAUACAUCAUAGCUAAUAACUAACAUCCUUUACAAAUUCAUUUUUUCUAAUUAUCUGCAAUUAAAUUCAGUUUGAAGCAUGUAUGUGUUUCUGUCUUUUAUUUUUAUAUG